ACUACAGACAGUUUAGCUUGUAAAUCACUUGAACCGAGAGUGCCUCUCAAAGAGUUCCAUGGGCAGGAAGGGAAAGGCUAUGCCGGUGCUUUACCAUUGAUAUCCUUACCAAUUGCCCUCCAUAUCCUUUACACUCGCGCUGUGACAGUCUCUCUAUUGAUACACAUUAAACACAGCAUACCAUGAAGUAUUCAACUUUCUUUUAUGUUAAACGUAUGGCCAAGCUUGGCGAAUAUAAACCACUUCCAUCGCAGACAGGGAGUGGUUUGUGCCACGUUGAACGCCAUCUGCCACGACACAAACAACUAAUAUCAAGAGCCCGGCAAAGAUGGGUCAAAUUUUGGUCUACCGCCGUCAGUGGCACAAUCAUAAUCAUCACAGAAUUGUCGCGCCUCGUCUUUCCGGUAAUGUGUCAUUCUCACAACGAUUAUUGGAGACCUCAUCCUCUCCUCUCGGCGCUUUCUGUAGGCUGCGCAAGUGUCGAGGCAGAUGUAUGGCUUAGUCCAGAUGGAGAAGACCUCCUUGUCGGCCAUGACAAACAAUCCCUUUCCUCCAGCAGGACACUACGAUUACUCUAUCUCGACCCACUGUUGCAGAUCCUAAACUCGAUGAAUCGGCCACCGGAUACGACAUUAAUACUGUUCAUCGACGUGAAGGACGACCCGGUGAAGACAUGGCCUUUGUCAUUCUGGGCUGGGCCCAUAACCAUCGUGGGCACAGGAAACAUAGUUCAGCGGCGCGACAUCAAUAUAGGUCCAGACCUUAAAGAAUGGCAGCAGCGCCAUGAUGCCUUUCUUCACGCUCCUUUGCAUUUGCUUACCGAAACUGGAUUCAGUCAAAGUGGCGAGUUUUACUGCCCUGAUGAAUUUGAAAACGAUAAGGCCAUUGGAAGUGCUCGAACGGGCUUCAGCGGGCAGCAGAUGGAAACUCUGCGAAACUAG